AUGUCGGAGUUUUAUUCACUCCAGUCCAGCAGGAGGCGGAAAUUCGCCGGAAGUUGUUUGAUUAACCGACAGAAAACACAAGAAGAAGAAGAGUUGACAGUUUGGACGCUCAGUUCUAUGUUCAUCAUGAGAGAGCAGGUGGAUGUGAUUCAUGCUGGAGAACAGCAGAUGCUGCAGAUACCAGUGAAGAUUGAAGUGAAGCAGGAGGAGAUAAUAGAAGAAAACGCAACAGAAGAACAACGAGUGAUGAAGAUGAUGAUGAAACCACAACAGAGUGAUGAUGAUGAUUUUAUUCCUGCAGAGCUGAUGGGAGUGAGAGAGGAGUGUGAAGAGCUGAAUGAAGUGGAGGAUGAACAGCUUAAUUUUAUAAAUGGAGAAAAAUCUUUGAGUGGCUCAAACACUAAAAACAAUUUCUCUCCAGAAAAUCCUCGAAAAAAAGCAACCAAGAAGUCUUUCACCUGCUCUCAGUGUGGAAAGAGUUUCACACGUAAAUACUCUUUUAAUAUGCACAUGCAAGUUCAUGCUGGAGAGAGACCUUACAUGUGCCAUCAGUGUGGGAAGGGUUUUGCAUGUAAAAGAUAUCUUGAUACUCACAUGAGAGUUCAUACUGGAGAGAAACCUUACACGUGCCAUCAGUGUGGAAAUUUUUUCACAUGUAAAAGAUAUCUUGAUACUCACAUGAGAGUUCAUACUGGAGAGAAACCUUACACAUGCCAUCAGUGUGGAAAGAGUUUCACAUGUAAAAGAGAUCUUAAUGUCCACAUGAGAAUUCAUACUGGAGAGAAGCCUUACUUGUGCCAUCAGUGUGGGAAAAGUUUUACACAUGCACAAGAUCUCAAGAUUCAUCUCCUCCGUCACACCGGAGAAAGACCAUUUGAAUGUGAUCAGUGCGGUAAAACAUUUGUUGUGGCAGCGCACCUAAAAACACACAUUAAAACUCACACAAAUAAGAAUUCUUACAAGUGUUCUUUUUGUGGAAAGAGUUUUGCUUACCGGUCAUAUUUUAAACAGCACCAGAGAAUACAUGCUGGUGUGGCGGCUCAUAUGUGCUUUGAUUGUGGGUAGAUCUUUAAAGCAGCCGGCAACUUGAACAAACAUCAAAGAAUUCAUACUGGAGAGAAACCUUACAAGCGCUCACACUGUGAAAAGAGUUUCACUCAGUCACAAAACCUGAAAACACACGAGAGAAUUCAUACUGGAGAGAAACCUUACAAGUGCUCACACUGUGAAAAGAGUUUCACUCAGUCACAAAACCUGAAAACACACGAGAAAAUUCAUACUGGAGAGAAACCAUAAAAGUGCUCCUCUUGUGGGAGUUUCAGCACAGCAAGUCAUGUAUUUUCUCAUAUGAAAAUGUGUUGCCCAAAAUAAUCACAGAGAGAAGUCCUCCUUCAGGUACAAUGCUUCAAGUAAAUAUUUGAAAUUUAAGAUAAUCCCAAAGAUGGAAUUUCUUCCAAAAGAACCGCAGCAUCUAAGAAGAGUCAUUUGCUAAAAUCACCUGUUGUGGUGAAGGUUGGCAUAUAUAUCGAUGCACUGUUUUAUAAUAAUAAAAUGUAUAUAUUUUCUCUAUAACCAAGUUAUGUUACAUUAAUGAAGGGUUCUUUCCAUCUCUAAGUUAACAUGACAGGCAAGGCUCUUGCAAAUAAAUGUCACAUCCUUUGGAUUUUCCCAGCAAAAGUGACCAUGACUACUUGUAUUUGUUAUAUUGCAUGUUUAAACAUAUUAUUUCCAUGUUUAAUAAAGUUUAUUUCA